UUAUUAAAUAAAUGUUUGUAAACGUACUACCCUAUAGUUAAGUGCAUAGUGAAUUCACGUAAGUGUUUGCAACACUUUUUAUCAUAAAUUAACAGUAUUAAGUUAUCUUCUUUGUUAAGAACUGCUCAGAGUGCUUAGUAUAAAAACUUUUGUUUUGCUUACUUACACAGAAAUCCUUGGUUCAUUCCACCGCGGUUUAAAUUUCGUGUUAAUUUUAUUUGAACUUUUAAUUAAACAUUUGUAUAAUAUUGCAAAUUUGAUAUAUAAAUUAGUGUUUAUACCUGGAAAAUGUCUGAAAAUGGUAAUGCACCAUCUGUAACCUGUGUGCGGUGUAAAAAAACUGUUACUACAGGCAUAAAAUGUAUAAAAUGUGGUACAUUAUCCCACAAUAGCUGUUUGAAAUCAUUAAAAACUGUUACAUUUUUGAGUGAUGGGUCAGUUAUAUGUUGCUCAGACCCUGAUAACAGUAAUAAUUUAUCAGAAGUUCCUAAGGUUCAAUCAAAAGUCCAGGAAAUUAUUGAAAGUCGUGAUAAUUCGGUUGAUAAAAUCACAAUUAAAUAUCUCGAAGAAUUAAUGAAACAAAAAGACAUCACUAUAAAAAAUCAAGAAGUUGCUAUUACUGCCUUAAAUGAACAAAUUAUUCUUCUAAAGAAAUUUAACGCGAUGAGCUCAAGUGAUAGUAAGAACACAUGUCAACCACUAUCUAUUGGUAAUGCAGAAGUCUGGAAUACUACUCAACGAAGAGAUAGAGCACCUACCAAAAAUAAUAGCAGCGAGAAUAGUGAUGGUAACAGCAAGUUAACAUCUGCAGCAAUCCAAACUGCUGUAUAUAAUGCUGAAGCCACAUCUUUAUGUAACGACAUUAUUAAUCUUAAUCAGCGUACAUCGACAACGAAUUCGUUUAACAGAAAUAACACUAUAAAGAGAACCAAACCCAGAAAUUUACUUGUUGGUACAAGCGAUGACCAUACUUUGAAGGCAGCUACUUAUGAAGUUAUGACCUUUUUCCACUCAACAAACUGGAAUCCAGACACAACUAUAGAUGAGGUAAAGAGCCACCUUAAAAAAAUUGAUUCAAAAAUUGAAGUCAAACAGUUAAACUCUAGAUUUCCUGCAAAAUACGCCUCAUUUAAAGUGAGUGUUCCGAAAGUGUCAGCGUCAACAUUCCUACGUCCAGAAGUUUGGCCAAAAGGGGUUUAUUUAAACGAGUUUUUUCGUUCAGAAGGAAGAACAACAGAACCUAGGGAUUACCCAACAGAAGAAAAAAACAACUAAAAGUUUAUCAAUAGUACACACCAAUGUUCGGAGCUUACUAAAUAAAAUAGAUUGUCUAGAU